GGAAUAUGAAUAAAAGCACCUGUUUCUGCACACAUGAAGCCAAUGAUGCUGCAUCAGUGAACAGAUGCAUGGUAGAGAGGGUAUUAGGGGAUGCUUUUGUAUUGCUGGUUUCUUCUAUAUUGCUGGUUUCAAAACAACCCUGCACCAGCAUCAUUGAUUUCCCCUGGCAGAAUAGGUCUCUUCCUGACAGUCGUCAUGUGUCUCUGUUUCUGUGUUCAGGAUUCUCGUUAGAGAUAAAACUGAACUGCGACACGAUGGAGAACAACACCCCCGUGUUUCAGGACGCCCCGCCGGCUGUAAAUCUGACCGAAAUCCCUCUGAACCCUCUGGAGGAGCAGGUCGUAACCAUCUUCCUGACCUCGCUCAUCUGUGUGGUGGGCAUUGCGGGGAACAUCAUGGUGGUGCUGGUGGUUCUGCGCACCAAACACAUGGUGACGCCGACAAACUGCUACCUGGUCAGCCUGGCGUUGGCGGACCUGAUCGUGCUGCUUGCUGCAGGCCUUCCCAACAUCUCCGACGUCGUAUCCUUCUGGGUGUACGGGCACACGGGAUGCCUGUGCAUAACGUACCUGCAGUACCUGGGCAUCAACGUGUCGUCCUGCUCCAUCACCGCCUUCACCAUCGAGCGCUACAUCGCCAUCUGCCACUCCAUCAAGGCUCAGUUCAUCUGCACCGUGUCGCGGGCCAAGAGGAUCAUCGCAGCGGUCUGGAUCUUCACCUCUCUCUACUGCAUCAUGUGGUUCUUCCUGGUGGACACGGAGGAAACCGUCUACGCUGACGGGGUCGUGGUGACGUGCGGAUACCGCGUCUCCCGGAGCUUGUACAUGCCCAUCUACUUCCUGGACUUCACGCUGUUCUACGUGAUCCCGCUGGUCGUGGCCACGGUUCUGUACGGACUCAUCGCCCGUAUCCUGUUCAUGAGUCCGCUGCCUUCCCAUCUGACGGACCGGUCCGCCGGGGGGUCGGUGCACCAGGGGCACGCCAACAGCACCAACAAGGCCAACAAGGGCGCCGUCUCCGCGAGGAAACAGAUCACGAAGAUGCUGGCGGUGGUCGUGGUCCUCUUUGCCCUGCUCUGGAUGCCGUACCGCACCCUGGUGGUGGUGAACUCCUUCAUCGACCCGCCGUACCACAACACAUGGUUCCUGCUCUUCUGCCGCAUGUGCGUCUACACCAACAGCGCCAUCAACCCCAUCAUCUACAACCUCAUGUCGCAGAAGUUUCGCGUGGCCUUCAAGAAGCUCUGCAAGUGCAGCUGGAGGCGGCGGGAGAAGGCGGCAGAGUUCAACGCGCCGAUGUACUACAGCGUGAUGAAGGACUCGUCGCACGAGAGCAACGUCACCGAGCAGGAGGACGUGAUCCAGAGGAGAAUCAAACUGAAGCCAGUGGACCAAAGCAGCGAUCCUAAAUAAAAACUGAAGCUGUGUCUCAAAGAUUUCUUUCAAAUUAGGAACGCUGGACCUUUCUCACACGGUUGCACUCUUGGCUACGUAGCGGGAGUCAAUCGGCCGGUCGCCCUGAGGGUUGUUUUCCUUCUAUUGGUACGUGAUC